UUUCUAUUAGUUAUGGGUGGAAGUGAAGCGACCAUUAGACCAUCAUCUUCAUUGCAUCUAAUGGAGGGCGAGGGUUUUGUGGCCUUCUUGGAAGUGCCCAAAAGUUUUGGUCCCAUUAAAAACUGUUGGUUUAAAUUCAGAGGCAAUGAAAAGGAAAAAAUCGACUUAAAUACCACAACACCAAUGGUUACGGAGCGCGGAGAACAUUUGUUGCCAUAUGCGGAUAAUGUAUGUGGCAUAAGGGUAAUGAGCGUUUCCUCGGCCUCGGCUGCUAUUUGGACCUUGGAAGCUGAGAACAACUAUGGAGACUUUGAACAUGAUUCCAUUACAAUUCACACUCUGCCACUUCAAAAGACAAAUUUUGAGACUCGGGUACAGAAGGAAAUCGGCAAAGGCUCAAUCAAAUGUUCCAAGCCUGACUCCGCCAAGCAUUGCAAAAUUGUCGAUGUAUACUAUGGCAUAACGUAUCGCCAAUGUGAUUUGUAUGCAACAAUUCAUCCAAGCAGUAUAUUUGACUGCUACAUCUACAACUGGGGUCGCAUGGAACAGAGUCACGAGCGGAUAUUUGUGGAUGCGGUCAACAGUUCUUUGCCAUAUACCAACGCCACUUUGAUGGAUAAUGAGAAUGCUGCUGUAUUGGGUUGUGAUUUCCGCGAUAAAGUUUAUUCAUGUCAGGCUGAAAUGCCUGAUCGUCGCACUGAGCUUUUGGUUAUGGAUGGAGUCUACAACGGUCACUAUUCAGCCUAUGAUACAGUCACAUCAAAGUCUAAAUGUGAUUUGGAAAUCCCGAAGCCUUUCAAAGAGUCGGAAGUGGGACUGUGGCGAAUAAUGAACUAUGAUCCUAGUACCCCAUCUGGAUGUCUCUUUUAUGUUGGUAAACCUAAAGCGGACAUUAUUCUCUCAGAAUUAUCCAAGCUGGAAGAGAUAACCACAGUAAAUGUGUAUCGGCCUGAGAGUGAUAGUGACAAAGGAAUUGAAGAGCUCUCCUGUUCCGUGCCAUUUAUAAUCCAUGAUUGUUAUCUGAGAGAUCCAAAUCACACUAUAUAUUUUCCGGACAACAUUCACUUUGAAAGGCAACGUCUAUAUGGAAAAUGCUCGUUUCGCAAUAUGCCCAUAAUGGAUGGCAUUUGGUUAUGUGGAGCCCGAGGUCGUGAUUAUGAUAAGGAAAUUGUGCAGAGCAUAGAGGUCAGAGUUAAACCAAAAAAUGGCGAAACUCUAACUAGCCAAGUACAAGCCAAGCGCGGUGAUACAGUGGAGCUCAUGUGCAAAAGUUCUUUCGACGAGCCCAUAUCUCACUGCGCCUUUAUAGAUCCUAGCGGAGGAGUGUUUUUGGUGGGUACAGUGAACAGCAUUAAAUCCAAAGGUCGCAUACAAUAUUAUGGCAGAGGUAUUAACAAAGGUGAAUGUGGUAUUAAGAUCACGGACCUCAAUCGUGAUGACUAUGGACAAUGGAAAUGCCAGUUCAUAAUUCGUUCGGAAAACAUAAAAUCAAUGUUCACGAUGGAACUGAAGGAAUCGGAAACGGCGCAUGCCACAACAGUUGGUUUAGGUAUAGGUCUAACUGUCAUACUUAUUCUUGUAUUGGGUGUUGUUGUUGGCACAUUGAUUUAUCGCAGAAGACAUAUGAGUGCCAGACACGAUCUUUCAUCUGCGGAUCCUCUAGAACUUCCAGCCAGAUCAAAUACUCCCACGUAGCGAAUACUGCAAUGAUUGAUGACUGUAUUCCUUAUUGCCUAAUAUAACUGUAUAUAAAUACAUUUAUUGUUCAUAUUUCUAACAAUUAGCUGUGAAAAUUCUACAUGUAUUCGUUAGAU